UGUCCAGCUCUAAGCAAGCCAGCACAGCUCAAGCGAUCGUACUACUAAUUGAGCUCACUAGCCCUAGCACUAGAACUAAGCUUGAUGGAGCAGGUGACGAGGCUAGCGGGGCAGCGGGCGGUGGUGAUCUUCGGCAUGAGCUCCUGCUGCAUGUGCCACACCGUGACGAGCCUUCUCCGGGAUCUCGGGGUGAACCCGAUGGUGGUGGAACUUGACGAGGACCCUAGGGGGAAGGAGAUGGAGAAGGCGCUGGUGCGGCUCCUCGGCCGGAACCCUGCUGUGCCGGCGGUGUUCAUCGGCGGCAGGCUCGUCGGAUGCACCGACAAGGUCAUGUCCCUUCAUCUCGGCGGCAAGCUUGUCCCACUGCUUCGUAAUGCAGGUGCUGUAUGGGUGUAGUGCAUGGGAGGGUUUUGUUGUAUAUAUUCGGCCUGAUGUAUUAGGCAUUUAGGCGCCAGAGAAUAAUGUAAUACACGUAUGUGUACGUGCUCUGUUAUCCUUUCCUGUAUUAGGUGAUGAUGGGGACUAUGGAAACCAUGCAGGUCUUUUUUACUGUACACAUGGGAGUACCUGUUCCUGUCAAAGUGUUAAGCACCAUAAUUAUUAGUGGUGUACUAAAAAAACAUUAUUAUUAUUGUUGUGUUAAUUAA